AUACGCCUUGGUUCAUUGUAUUUUCAAUAGGACGUUGGUUGGUAUAGCAAAUUAAUGUUGGAAUAACAGAAAAAAAAUAGGAAAAUAAAUAAAUAACAGACAACUAGCCUAAGCUAAGUGUUUGGAUCACUUGAUAGUGUUGUGCUCUAAUUUAUGAAAAUUUCAUGCUAAAGGCUAUUUUAGGGUCGGAUUCGACCACGGAAUCUUCCCAGGAGGAAAGGGCCACUAACGCUGCCGCAUCGAGCAGCAGACAUAGUGGUGGCUCGAGCUGUCGCUCGAUAUCCUCCAGUGCGGUUUUGAGUAAUUCCUCAUCGAGCUACGAUUACGGUACACCACCUGGUGUAUGUAUGGCAUGCGAAGCUGACAAAUAUCAACAACAAUCCCAUCAUCAACAUCAUACUGAAGGAGAACGUAAAAGUCGUCGCAGCAGAAUGUCACAUUCCAGUUCAAGUAUGCGUGGUACAUCAUCACGUGGCUGUUUAGCCAAUAGCUCGAAAUCAGUGUCCCCCGGCAGCUAUAGCUGUAAUGCACUUAAUGUGGAUUUCAGUACUUACACAGCGACUCAUCAAUGGUCCAAAAUGUUGGAAUGUGCUGAGUUUGUGGGAGCCAAGCGCUCCAAGCACACUGUGGUCGCCUACAAGGAUGCCAUGUAUGUUUUUGGCGGUGACAAUGGCAAAACCAUGCUCAAUGACCUCAUACGUUUUGGCAUAAAAGACAAAUCAUGGGGUCGUGCUUGUGCCACUGGUACACCUCCAGCUCCACGCUAUCAUCAUUCUGCUGUGGUCUUUGGAAAUUCUAUGUUUAUUUUCGGUGGAUAUACUGGCGAUAUUCACAGCAACUCGAAUCUCACCAAUAAAAAUGAUUUAUUCGAAUAUGAAUUUCAACGGGCCAUGUGGGUGGAAUGGAAAUUUUCUGGAAGAAUUCCUGUUGCCCGUUCAGCUCAUGGAGCUGCUGUUUAUGAUAACAAAAUGUGGAUAUAUGCUGGCUAUGAUGGCAAUGCCCGUUUAAAUGACAUGUGGACAUUAAAUUUGACGGGAGAAAAUCAUCAAUGGGAGGAAAUAGAACAAAAAGGAGAUCGACCCCCUACCUGUUGCAAUUUUCCUGUAGCAGUCGCCCGUGACUGCAUGUACGUUUUCUCGGGCCAGAGUGGCAUGCAAAUCACCAAUUCCUUGUUCGAGUUUAAUUUUAAAGCCAGAACUUGGCGUCGCAUUGGCAACGAAAAUGUUUUACGUGGUGUUACAUCUCAGCCACCUUCACGGCGCUACGGUCAUACCAUGGUCCAUCAUGAUCGAUUUCUUUAUGUUUUUGGUGGCUCUGCUGAUUCUACUCUGCCAAAUGAUUUGCAUUACUAUGACUUGGACACCCAAGUUUGGUCUAUUAUUCAGCCAGAGCCUAAUUCGGAUAUACCUUCGGGGCGAGUGUUCCAUGCUAGUGCAGUUAUAAGUGAUGCUAUGUAUAUAUUUGGCGGCACUGUUGACAAUAGUGUGCGUCGAGGCGAUACCUAUCGUUUUCAAUUCUCCAGUUAUCCCAAAUGUACUUUGCGUGAUGAUUAUGGCAAAUUUUUCAACGAAAAACAAUUCUGUGAUAUACAGUUUGUCUUGGGUCCCGAAGAAAUCAAGAUUAUGGCCCAUAUAGCUUUUGUGGCUGCGAGAUCCAAAUAUUUGCGAACCAAAAUAUUAGCUGCUCGUGAUGCACGGCAACAGCAAAUGGAGAAAGUCUUUGGUUCGGGCAUAGAAGUGCGUACCUGUUCUUCGGGGCCCAAUCAAGAGCCAGUGUUGGAGGUGCGCUUGCCCAAUGCUAAUCCCGAAGCAUUUGAGAUUAUCUUGAAUUACAUCUACACGGAUCGCAUUGAUCUCAAGGAGUCCUAUAAUAAAAAUAUUAUCAUAUUAAUAACAGACAUCUAUCAAUUGGCAGGGCUUUUUCUAAUGCCUCGCCUGGCUCAUGGUUGUAUACAGUACCUAGAUUUUAAAAUCAAUAAAAAUAAUGUUUUGGAAGCGCUAUACAAUGCAGAUAGGAAGAAAAUACAAAUUGUCAAGGAUCAUUGCAUGCAAUUUCUGGUUAAAGAGGAAAACUUCACCGAUGUUGUUAUGUCCAAUGAGUUUAGUGAUUUGGAAAAACCUUUGCUGGUGGAAAUAAUACGCAAAAAAUUAAGUCCCAACAAGUCGGUGGCAACCGAUUCCAAUGCAGAUAAGAAUGUGGGCACCACUCUGGAAAGUGAUAUGGCUGUAUUUUUGGAAUCCACUGGCAAAGAUUUUUGUGAUAUAAAUCUGGUAUUAGAUGGCCAGGUUAUAGCAGCCCACAAGUCAGUACUAUCGGCUAGAACACAAUAUUUCCAGGGCAUGUUCAGAUCAUUCAUGCCGCCAGAUAACACAGUAAAUAUUUCAAUUGGCGACAUUUUGCCAUCCGUCGAAGCCUUCCAAUCACUGUUGCGUUAUAUUUACUAUGGCGAAACCAAACUACCACCCCAAGAUGCCCUAUAUCUAUUCCAAGCACCACAUUUUUAUGGUCUAUCCAACAAUCGUUUACAUUCGUUUUGCAAAUAUUCCCUAGAGCAUAAUAUAACCUAUGAGAAUGUCCUACAGACCCUAGAGGCUUCAGAUUAUACGAAAAUUUUCGACAUCAAGGAACAUGCAUUGAAAUUAAUCGUUAAGGAUUUCGCACGAGUGGCAAGGCUACCGAAGAUUGAUUGUCUCUCUCGUGAAUUGCUGCUGGAAAUUAUACGUGCGGUAGCAGAUUCACAUGGUGAAUUUCUAACACGUAUUAGUAUUAAUACAGAUAUCUGAAAAUUGGUGUUAUUACAGCCAGCUUUACGUUUCCUAUUGGCUUGGCUGCAAAAGGGCAACAAUGCUGCCUGACACCGUAAUAGCAUCUAAGUAAUGAAAAGUGUAAUGCAACUCGAAUCAUAGAAUUAUGUAAAUGUGUGUGUUUCGGUGUUUAUGUUCUAUUCAAAACGAUUGUUAUCGCAUUAUAGUUUUUUUUGUAGGUAUAUAUGCACUAUGCAAUCAUGGAUAUCUAUUCUCCUAUAUGACAACAUAUAUGAAUGUGAUUGCCUUUUGUAAUGCACCACUAUUACUUUGUAUUCUAAAAGUUUAACACUUUCAAGUCCUACUCGUUUCCUGAUUUACCAUAUACCUAUCAUAGUUAUUAUUAUUUGUGUAUUUUUACAUUUACCUGUGUACAUACAUAUACUACGUUGUCGUCCCUAUCUUAGAAACAAAGGGCAUACAAAACGCUUUAAGCAUGUUUUUGAUGUCCCAUAUACAAACCCCUUGUGUUAAAUUAUGUGUGUUGUAAUAAAAUUUAUGUACUACCUUUAACAAAACACUCCUUUUAUUUUAUAUUAAAUAUGAAAUUAAGAGAUUGCAAAAUAAAUAAAAAAAAAAGUAAAAGAAGCUGAAAAGAAAUACGCUAUGAUUGUAAAAGAAAA